AUGUCUGACGCGUUUUCACGUUUCGCUCUAGUUGAGGUGACUGGCCAGUCAACGCCGGAGCAAGACUAUCUCCGCCGCUUCCCUACUGAGAUUCGACUCAUGAUCUUCCAAGAACUCCUCAGCGUCUGGCCCAAAACCGUCUUCCGUGGAGCCAAUACGUUUGGUCCGCUCGAUCCAAAUGAGUUCCAGAGGGAGAUUCCUAUCCCCUGGCAGAUCCUCGCUACUUGCCACAAAUACCACGACGAAGCUCUCCCAAUCAUGUAUGGCAAGAACAAGUUCGUCUUCUGCACCGGCGAGAAUGGUUCACCUGGCAUGUUCUGGAGGUUCCCCAUCAAGAUGCAGUACAUGCAUCUGAUCACUGACCUGGGUAUCUACAUGCGCUGCGAUACUCCAACCAAGGAAGCUGCCAACCGGGUGGCACACUUCAUCAAAGCAAUUGCUCGCCGGGCCGUCAAACUGCAGAACCUCGUCGUCUUGGUCUCUUCUGACCGUUCCUACGGCGCCAAAUGUCCAUGGGAUAUCAUGUUCAAUGAUCAUCCUGUAGCCAAGGCCCUCGUCAAGCUGGUCGAGUCACAGACAGUCAAGCACUUCAAGCUUCGCAUGCACGACGCCGCGUGUGUGGCCCCGGACUUCGCCUCGUACCUGUGCCAGACCUUCUACGAGCUCAAGCCUGCCACCGACCGCUCCAUCACGUUCAGUCGCUCAUGCUCCUGCCCUCGCCAAAUAGCAACUUCUCGUGACGGCUAUUGUCGUCACUGCUUGUGGCCGAGGGAGUACCGUGCAUAUAAAGCUAUUGAUCGCACCAUGUACCCCGCCGAGUUGGAAUCAGACCAGGAGCGAAUGAUGGACUUGCAGGAGGAUCUCUUCCAGUUAGGUCUCCUGCCUCCAACAGACGACCUUGAAGAAGAAGAUCCCGAGAAGGCGUCUACAGGACCGUAUAUCGAUGGGCGUGUUGUGGAGGACACCUACGAGGAAGACCGCCUUGGAUUCAGCCUCGGUUUGCUACUUCCCGGACAAGUUCGCCACUUUCGCAGCAACAUCGCGUGGCCGGCAGUGUGGUGGUACCGGCAGACGGAGCUUACAGAGUUCUACGAAUACAUCGACAAGGACGAUUACCUCGUCAAGGCUCUUGUUUCGAAGUGAAAAUUCGACACUGAUGGUAUCCAUGACACAUCCCAUAUGAACGACACCCACGAUUUGGAAGACACUUACGAUUUAACGAUAUGGACGAUAUGAACGAUAUGAAAUACAUGAGCGAUGCGGUGUUGUGUGAAAGGGUGGUAUGUCGGAUAAUGUCAUGAGA